AAAAUAUUUAUCGUUCUUAUUAAAAAUAUCAAUCUCAAAUAUUAACUAAGUAUUAUUUUAAAAGUUGAAGAAUGAAUAUAUUUUAGCCUACAUCGAUUUUUUGUUUUCAAAACCCCCACUACCCCAACUCAUCUUCCCAGUCAAUGAGAAGGAACUGAUACACACCCCCAACCCCCACGCCACCCACCUCACUCUUAAACCCUAGAUUUUCAGUAGUCCCCGUCACUCUCAAUAAGCUGAAUAGCUCAGCUAAACAAUGGCGAAUCGCCGAUGCCUUCAAACCCUAAGCCGCCAUUUAUCAUAUCUUCUCUCUCCAUCUCCACAUUCCCUCAAUUCCAUUUCCCCUCAAACCCUAACCCCAAAACUACUCUAUUCCCUAACUUCCUCUCCCAAAUGCCGUCAAAUUAACAAUAAAUUCUCAUAUUUGCACCGGCAGUUCUGUUCGAAUCGAACGAACAACAGCGAAGAGGAGGAAGAGGAUGAAAGUGAAGGCGAAACUGAUUGUGAUGAUGACGACGAUGACGUGGAGGGUUUGGAGUCGAGUAGUCAGCCCAGUAGAGAGUAUACUCCCGAGGAGAAAGAAAAGGAAGCAGCAGAGAUUGGGUAUAAGGUGAUCGGCCCACUUCAGAAAUCCGACCGGGUUUUCAAACCAUAUGAACCCGUUUUUGCUGUUAUUCAGAUUGGUUCCCACCAGUUUAAAGUGAGCAAUGGCGAUUCCAUAUUUGUGGAGAAACUGAAGUUCUGUGAAGUCAAUGACAAGUUGAUUCUAAACAAGGUUCUGCUGCUGGGAUCAAAGACACAGACAAUCAUUGGCAGGCCCAUAUUGCCCGAUGCAUCUGUUCAUGCUGUUGUUGAGGAACAUGCAUUAGAUGCCAAGGUACUGAUAUUCAAGAAGAAGAGACGGAAGAAUUACCGACGAACCCGAGGGCAUCGACAAGAAUUAACAAAGUUGAGGAUUACGGAUAUUCAAGGAGUUGAAAAACCUGAAGUGGUACCAAUUCUCAAGACAGAGAAGAAAGGUGCAAAGAAGGUAGCCGUAACAGCUUAAUAAAGAUGAUAAGACGGAAAAAGGAAGAUGCUUGAGUAGGGGAUUUUUGGCAUAUACAGCUGACACAACUCAGCUUUUUUCAUUCGCGUUUUCUGUUAUAAAUCUUAUGUUAGAACUCAGAUGCCACAUAUGGUCCGAUGUUAAUCCGGCAUGAGAUGGAUGGAAGGGAAUGAAUUUGUUGUAGGCUUAAGCUUAACAUAGUCAUAUCUUGAGGAUGUGUAUUUGUUUAUGAGAAGCUCAUAAAGAAUAAUCCUUUCUAGUAUUUCCUACUAAUGCAAAUGCUGAGGCCUGAGUUUUUUGCA